GUGUCGUUUUAUUGAUAGUUCUGUACCAAAAGUAAUUCAAUAGUGGAUGUAUAAACAAGCAUCUAUUCCACGAAAUGAAUUACUGGCGUGGAUCAACGAUAUUUUGUGUACGAAUUAUAUUAAAUUAGAGGAUGCAUCAAACGGUGCUGUUGCCUGCCAAAUUAUUGAUUUAAUCCAUCCCGGAACGGUACCUAUGAAGAAUCUCAAUUUUUCCGCGUCUACUCCCUAUGAGUGCCAAAAGAACUACCGCAUCUUACGUAAAGCAUUUGAAAAACUCAGUAUUCCUAUUGAUUUUGACAUCAAUAUUCUUUCCAAACAAGGAUCAAAGGAGGGCUAUGAAUUUCUCGCUACCUUAAAAUCCUAUUACGAUGCCAACUACAAAUCAGGUUCCUACGACCCCGUCGCUCGCCGCAGUGAAUCAAAGGGAGCCAUCAAAGUCACUCGGGCUGACACCUACACGCCUCACACGCCUCGCGGCACCCACGCAGCCCCUCUCUUCGACUCUCCCACCCGCAUUAUCUCUGCGAGAACGACCGCUUCCCCGCGGAAACCCUACCCUCCCAUCACGCCUCAGCACCGAGCCACGGUCCCGCGGGACCACAUGUCUCCGUGGCGCGACGGCGGCGGCGGCGGCGGCGGCGGCAGCGUGCCGAGUUUGCCUUCUCCGGAGUUGGUGAAGCAAAACGAGGCAGAGUCGCUACGACAGCAGUGUAGCUGGCUGCAGAGUCAGUGUCACGAUCUGCAGGAGCAGCUGCAGGAGCUGCACAAGCUGCACGAUUAUCGAGAGAUGCUUUUGGCGGAGGAACGCGUGUUUUACUACAACAAACUGCGGAAUAUCGAGGAUUUGCUGCAGGGAAUCCAGGUGAAUCGACAUUUGACGGACGUUGAGAACUCGAUUCUGCAGAUUUUAUAUUCCCGCGAAGGCAUGGAGUUUUUGCUGAAGGCGAUCGAGGAGAAUCGAGAGGAAAGCGAAGGAGAGCAGCGUGUGGAAUCCAUGAACAGUGAUGAUAGAGUUAGUGACGAGAUUAUGUAAUCUUCCCAAGAUAUAUAUACAUUUGAGUAGUUUAU